GGUGCAAUAAAACAAUAAACUUGGGUCUGGGCAUAUCAAUAUCUUGGGUGAGAAAAGAACGUGAAAUAUCACGUUUUGCCGUUUUGCCCAUAAAGGGAUUACAAAGUAAUGAUAUUUGGCCCACCUUUACUUGAUAGUAUUUUCAAUAUUUUCUGUCUGUGUUGUUGCGCGGUCAAAGAAAGACAGAGUUUCCGUUUCAGUCUAUCUUAGUUUUUAAAGGCGAAAUGGCAGAAGAAUUAAAACAACCUACUCCUCGAGAGUUUUUGACUGAGUUUAUUGAACUUUAUAGAAGUCAUACGUGUUUGUGGCUCGUUAAGAGCAAAGAUUACUCCGACAGAAAUAAAAGAGAUAUUGCAUAUGCUGAGCUCGUAAAAAAAUUCCAGGAGUUUGAUUCAUCGGCAGACCGAAAUAUCGUUAUCAAAAAAAUUAGUGCAUUACGUACGGUGUAUAAGAGAGAACUGUCAAAAGUUGUCAAAUCGGAAAAAUCCGGGACGGGCCAGGAUGAUGUGUAUAAACCUAGUUUGUGGUACUUCGACCUUCUGCAUUUUCUGAGAGACCAGGAAUCUGCAAGACCUAGUAGGAGUACCAUGAGUGAUGGCAAUCCAGAAACAGAACAAUAUAUGCUGAGUUCGGCAGAUGAGGUGAUAGAGCUAGCGGGAGAGCGGCUAAAAAAUAUUCAUCCUGAUGAUGAGUUCGAAGCCUACGGAAAGUAUGUAGCCCAUAAGCUACGUUCCCUUAAACGAACCCAGGCCAUAUUCGCGAGAAAACUCAUAAAUGACGUGAUUUUUGAGGGGGAGCUUGAAACACUCUCCAAAGAUUAUAAAGUAAUGAACAGUCAGCCAUAUAACCCCCAACUUUACCACCAACAACCCUACCCCCUACCCUACAUCUCGGGAAUGCCAGACCAUCCUUGGCCUUUCAGUUCCAGUAACAAUAUUUUACAGCAUCCAAACUCUGCCACACUUCCCUACCCCCAAACUUUCAACCGUGAUACACCCGAUGUAUCCAACAUGGCACUGCCUAAUGAUCCAACAAACUCUGCCACACUUCCCUACCCCCAAACUUUCAACCGUGAUACACCCGAUGUAUCCAACAUGGCACUGCCUAACGAUCCAACAAACUCUCCCACACUUCCCUACCCCCAAACUUUCAACCGUGAUACACCCGAUGUAUCCAACAUGGCACUGCCUAACGAUCCAACAAACAGUCCAAAACAACCCUGACCCCUGAACAACCAAUAUAAAUUUCGACUAAUCAAUUGAUAACAAUGUUUCAAGCUUCUUUUCAAAGUUAUCGGUGUAGUAGGACAUUAUUUUUCAUAUUCGAUGAUUUACUACUUUGUUCUAUGAUUAUUGACUUUAUAUUGUAUCUUUAUGUUAUCUUUUAUUACGUUAUGUACUUUUUUAUGUUUUACGAUUAUUAGUUUUAUAGUAGGGGAGGAAAGUAGGCUAAAUUUGCAGUUACUCGAGCGUUAUGGGGAACUACUGCGUUGUGAAGAUUAGGUCAUAAAACCAAAUAAAGUUAAGUAAAAUUUGUCAUUUAAGUGGGGACUUUCCAUUUUAAUUUAAGUUUCCAUUUCCAACAAUCAUUUUUUCCGUUUACAGCGCCAUCUAUGCAUAAUUUGAAAAAAUGUUUCGAAUAAAAUUACUUAUUUUUACGCCAGGAAUCCAAAUCUGCAAUAUAAAAUGGGGGCUCCAAUUUAAUAUUUUAAAGUAACCCCCCACCCCACCUCCGUGGGGGGUCAUGUUUAGUGUCAUUCGAUAGAUUUUUCAAAAAUAAUGAAUACGUGUAUUUUGCAGUUUUUCGGUCUGAUGUUUAUUUCGCGAAAUAUCGCGGGGUUCCUAUUUGAAAUUUUAAAUUGACCCCCACCCCUCUCCGUGGGGGUCGUGUUUAGUAUUAUUCGAUAAAUACUUAAAAAAUAUUGAACACGAUUUUUUAGUUGUUCGAUCUGACGUUUAUUUCUCGAAAUAUUCGCAUUUAUCUUGUGAAAUUUUGUGACUCGCCCAUAUCCUUACGCCCCGCUCAAACUGGAUUUUUGGAUUUUUGAAAUAUACACUGUUCUGCAUGUACUUAACUUACCUUAUCUUAAUCUGACGAUUUCGAGUUUUUCUAAGGAUAGAUUUUUUUUCGGACCCCCGUUAACGAACUCCUCUGUAUUAAAAUCCAAUAUAUGGUAGGGGUACAUUUACAAGGUACAAGGUUUCUCCCCCUAUGUUAUAAACUGACGCGCUCGAGUAACUACAAAAAUCCCCGCUUGGGCUCCCCUAUCAUUAUAAUGUAUUAUAUUUCAUUAUUUUAAAAGAAAAUAGAAAACUGUUCUGUAUAGAAAAAAAUGUUCUAUAAUAAAUAACACAUACCUGGAUAAAUUGUUGUAGUACUUUAUAAAUAGCUUCACAGGUUUCUGGGAUUAUUGAGCUCAGAGAUGGUUUAGAAAUGGCAGUUGAAUAUUCUAUGUCCUUCAAGGUUCUUCCGGUGGCAAGGAAUCGUAAGGUAGCUG